AUUUUAACUGUCAAAAAAUUCACAGUUUUCUUCAACCAUUCUUGUUUUUGGGCCUUACGAAUAAUUUUUGUUAUUUUGUGUGGAAUUUAACAAACUUUUUCCAAUAAAAUGUGGUUCGAAGUCUUACCAUCCGCUGUCAUCAUCACUGUGGCUUUGUCCUUGCCCACAUACGCCAUGUAUGGCUUGCAUAAACUCACAUUGGGCAAUGCCUACCGCCGCAAUUUGGAUGAACGUUUUGAUCGUGUUAUGUAUUUGCGCGACAGACGACUAACCGACAAUCCCUAUCUGAUGAAUGGCUUGGAACAAAUUCCCGAUGAGAAGUAAAUUCACACCUCAUUCGUAGGCCAACAACAAUUUGGAAAAAGAAAAAUAAUAGUUUAAAAAACGAUAAUGUAAAGUUUUAAAUUAAUUAAAUUAAAUAAAAAAAAACAAUUCCAAAAUAAACAAAAACAAAAA